CUGCGCUCUCUUGUGGACUCUCUUAUGGCACUUUGGAUAAAAGCCUCCGCGAGAAAUGGCAGAUUUCAUGUCUCUUAUCUGUCUUUCUGUGGGCAGGUGGUAAAGUAUCUGAGGGAAACGGAUGAGCAGGGUAAGUAUUUCUGGAAGAGAGGGGGAAAAGAGGCGCUGUUUCAGCCACCGAAUCAAAAGUGGUGUUCCUCCUUUGUGGUUUAAUCAGAGGAGCAGACACUUUCUUCCUUCCAGUCUCCUCUUCUUCUGGUCCCUUCAUCGUUCUGUAGCUUAAAAAAGGGAGGAGAUACUGCUCCCCCUGUUCCUCCUCCCCAUCUCCUCAUUCCUCUUCAUCGGGUUGGUGGACGACCCAGAAGAAGCGGCUGAAGGCUUCGCGCUCUCCCCUCCUCUCCCUUUUCUCCCAGCGCUACGAGAAGGAUUUCCAAAAGUCAUUUCAAGUGGACUUUUUUUGUGAUUUUGGCAGCAAAGCACAUUCCGGGAUUGUGUCCAGGAAAGAAAAAAGGUUGGUUUAACACUCUGACCUGUAAGGGACACAUUCCUGGAGAGGAAGAAAAGUAAGAAAAAGGUGAGAGCAAAGAGGAGACAGCAGAGAGAAAUGGAGAACACGCGCAAGCUAUUAUUUCCAAAAAGGUCUUUUGGGGAAAAUUAGGGGAACGCGGAAGCCUGUUCCUGAAUUACUGCGCUGUAAGUAAUCGACCGCUGAUUGAGUAUGGACUCAUUGUUUUUAUGAGCUGAUAGAUUGGCUGACUGACUUCUGGAGAUUUUUAACGGACAAACUUUGAGCUGUUGGAGUGGAUGUGAGGAGAAAGGUGAACGGUGCACUGCAGCUUGAUUCUCAUGCCUCUCCAGCAGCCCCUCUGGAUCUACUUAUUGAUGACUCGAUAUACUGACGAUAUCAACCAACAAAGCUGGAACCUGCAGAUUAUUACUUGGUCAUUAAGGACACAUUUCCUGUCAUUCCCUUCAGCUGUCUUGUAAGCAGUGAAACUUGGAAUGAACCUUAUAUAAAGGAAUUAUACAUGACUUUUAGAGAGAUCAUAAAUCAUAAAAUAUUAAGUACCUCAACAUUUCUGUGGGCACACAUUGACUGCUGCUGGCGCGUUAAAUCCCCUGUAGAAAUAUUAUAGGGACAGAGAAAAACCUCCACAAAGUGCAACAAGGACGAACAUAAAGGCGUCAUUUCUACUACAGCGCCACAGUAUGAAUAUUGUAAGAAUUUAAUAGAGAUUAUUUGAGUGCCAGCGCUUCUCGGGAUUCCAGUUUGGAGAUUGGAAGUUAUUUUUGGCUGCGCAAAGUAGAGCGACUCUUCCACACCAUUGCCCGGACAGAGUCAGAGAAAAGACUGAACACAGAGGUCUGUACCUGCUUUUUCUUUGUCUUCCAUCCCGUCCUGGAAGAAAGGAGCGGGAUACACGGAGGGCGGAGGAAAGGAAAGCUAGAGAGAAAGAGAGAGGGAGAGCGGGGGAGAUGCCUAACUGCGGUUAAUUGGAGGAGACUUUAUCCUACCAACAUCUCGGAGAAAGAAGGAGAGAAGAGGAAAAGGGAUUUUAUUCCUUUUUAUAGCCAGAGAGGCUGUCUGAGGGUCUACAUCUCAUUUUUGGGGGGCAGAGGAGAGAAGAAAACAACCUUCUUCGGCUGUUUAUUUACGCUUAUAUCGUCCCGUCACUUUGGAGAGGAGGAAAGAAAAGAGAGCCAGUGCUGGGAUUAUUUUUUUUAACAUUUGUGUCUGGUCAAGAUUCCGUUAUCUGCUUGGAUUCAGGAUUAGUUCCUCUGAAACACCAGGUGCCAGUGGAGAACAGAGAGAUGAAGACUUUAUCUCUCCUCUUCCUCCUCCUCCUCGCCUCGGGAGCCUGUGACGACGUCAAGUACAUCUCCAAGAGGAACUCAGUGGAUGGAUGCAUUGACUGGUCUGUGGAUCUGAAGGAGUACCAUGUAUUGGCUGGUGAGCCUGUUCGAGUUAAAUGUGCCUUGUUCUACAGCUACAUCCGAACCAACUACACCAUGGCCACAAACGCCAAGCUGCGCCUCAUCUGGUACAAGAACAAAGGCGAUGCAGAGGAGCCCAUCAUCUUCUCGGGUCACAGGCUGAGUAAAGAAGAUGACUCCAUCUGGUUCAGAUCUGCUGAAUUGGAAGACAGUGGAUUCUACACAUGCGUUUUAAGGAACUCCACAUACUGCAUGAAAGUGUCCAUGUCGAUGACCGUGGAAGAGAGCGACGAGGGAAAAUGCUUCAGUAGCAAAAUCCGCCAUCUGGAGAAAGCUGAGAUAACCCACAGCAAAAUGAUCCACUGUCCUGAUAUAGAAGACUAUUUGGCUCCAUAUAAACAACCGCAGAUGACCUGGUACAAGGAGUGUGAGCUGGUUGAAUGGAGAAGCUCCAUCAUUGUUAAUACUACACAUAUUUGGAUACCUGAGAUAGAGGAGGGAGACGGGGGAAAUUACACCUGUGAAUUGCAGUAUGGAUCCAGAUUGGUGCGAAGGACAACGCAACUCAAAGUCACAGCUCUCCAGACCACACAACCUCCCAAGGUCCUUUUCCCCCCAGACAGACAAGACACAGUGAUAGAAGUCACACCUGGUAUGCCUCUCAGUCUGGACUGCAAGGCAUUUUUUGGCUACAGUGGAGAAAACAGAAAGCCCAUCAUCUACUGGAUGAAAGGAGAAAAAUUUGUUGAAGAACUUGCAGGGCAUAUUAAGGAAACUGAAAUGAAGGUGGUGAGGGAGCAUUUAGGAGAGAAGGAAGUGCAGCUGUCCCUAACAUUUGAUGCCGUGGAGGACGGAGAUUUGGCCAACUAUACCUGUUACGUGGAGAACCACAUAGGGAGGCGCAGCGGUAGCGCUAUACUGCAAAAGAAAGGUAGAGCUUCCCUUUUCUUCGCUCCUGAUUUAUUGGUUUCUGUUAAACUUGUUAGGCAAAAAAGAAAUCGACAAAUAUUGGCCUCCAGUGUCUUUAAGAAUAGGAAGAAACCUCGGGCAGAACCAGGCUCAGGAGGGGGCGGGGCCAUCUGCCGAGUUGUCCCUUCUCUAUUCAUUAUUCUUACUCUCCAUGUGUCUCUCCCAGCCUACAUUGAGGACUUGGCUCGUAGCGUGGAGCAGAGCAGACGUCUGAUCAUCGUUUUAACGCCAGAGUUUGUCGCCAAAAGAGGCUGGAGCAUCUUCCAGAUAGAGACACGCCUCCACUCCAUGCUUGUUACUGGGGAGAUCAAGGUGAUCAUGAUAGAGUGUGCAGACCUGAAGAAUGUCAUCAACUACCAAGAGGUGGAGGCACUUAAACAUACCAUCAAGGUUUUAUCCAUCAUCAAGUGGAGGGGUCCUAAGAGCAAUGAGCUGUCAUCUAAGUUUUGGAAACAGGUGGUCUACGAUAUGCCCGCUAAACGCAGAGAGACACUGUCCAGACGUCAGGUAAUGGAUUCUGGUGAACAGGGCCUCUUUGGUGACCUACAGACCACAGUCUCCACUAUUGCCAUGACAACCACUUCUGCCUCCCUGGUGCCCCCUAAUGAGAGUCGGCAUGGACACCAUCAGGUCGCCUUGGCAACAGAGAUCCCUGACUACAACCAGAUGACCUUGCCAUUAGGAGGGGGUCACAGUGCUACAGCAGCUCAAAUGCGGCAUUUCUGCCGCAGCUAUGAGUUUCAACUUCCCCCACAGCCCUCACCCCCACUUCCACCUCCCUCCACGGUGCAGUUCUCCACUCUGGGCCCCGGGGGGCGCCAUGUCUAUUGCAAUAUCCCUAUGACACUGCUGAAUGGACAGGGGUUCAGAGCAGUUCACUGGGGAACAAGAGGUGCAACAGAGCAAUACCCUUGGGAAGAAGCCAGAACUCCACCUGAACAGCACCUUUGUACCCCUCACCAGCAGAGAACUAAGCUCUGACAUCUGGUAGUUGGACUUCUCAGCUGAUACUGGAAUACAGACUGCUUUUCACUGGAUUUGUGUAGACUGGCGGGUCGUCUGGUUUUCAUCAGGUUUUUGGACUGUGUGCAGACUUGGCGUUGGACUGCCCAUCGACUGCUUUUGGGCUACUCCUUCCCAGCUGUGAAUAAAAGACUACCGAAAGACCGCAGAAGGCUUGGUGUCACACUUAUUAGGAGAGUGGUUGUAAACUGUUUACAGAAAGACUGGGAUUAUACAAAGGAUUGCACUCUGAUUUUGGACCUAUUACCUGGUAACAGGCUGAUGCCAGCUGGAAUGUACACUGCUGGCAUGACCAUGUGUCCUUGACAUACUGGCAAAAAGUUCCUGACUGGUCAUGCUGAGUUUGUGGAAAGGAAUUAGGAAACUUAAGAACUAGAGAAGUUAACGAAGGCAUCCUGAGUACUUCAAUCGUGGGUAUCCACCGUCUGUAGUACUCUAUUUGUUCAACAGGCAGGCAGGUUGGAUCUUGGAGCACUAAAACAGCACCUUUUAAGUCUGCUCACAAACCAGCUGCUGUGAAAACCAGUUGACUUGUCAGCUCAGACAAACAAGACGUAGCGUAAUCUAAGAAUGCCAAUUGAUCUACUUAUGCGAGUUCUCAUCUACCUGUUGACUAGGUGGCUUGUCGGGCAGACAAAGCAGACAUCAAGCAAUGAUUUUGGAAUACCAGACCACCUUAAAUCAACUAGUCAACCUCUUGAAAUAUUGCUCUACAGCAAGCUAGCUACCUGGUUUGGCUCUCAGGAGCUGAACUAGACUUGAGAAAUGUUUUUCAGCAAGAAAAACAAGAGGGGGUGACACAUAAAGCGAAGGCUGAAGCUGCUUAAUGACUGAGAAAGCACAGUUAGGCAGAAACUAGCUAGUUGCAUAGACUAGUUGGCUGAAAGAAUAGCUAGUACUUGAGGUAAGUGUGUUUAAGGGCACAGCAAGACUGGAAACCAGCCAGUCCAUCACCAACAGAUGAACUGUCAGAUUUAACACCAAGCUAAAAGCAUAAAGGACUUGGCUUUUUUCUAUUUGCAUGACCACCCAUUUAGAUUAAAAAAAAGAAUAAUAAUCAAACAAACAUAGAUAAAAGAGUAAAUGACACAAUCAUUUGUCGAAGCCUCUUUUAAUAUGGAGGGUAUAAACAUCCUAUGUUGAUACAGUAUAUUUGUUUUCUGUCUGGCCAUGAUUCAAUGAUAAAAACUGAUAGAGGAAAAAAAGGAGGUGUCCCUCCAAAAACAUUUGGGUUAUUUAUUUUGUCACGUUUUAUUUAAGGGUUUUAUCCUUUUAGAAGGUUGUUGAGAAUUUUUACCAGGCUUUGUUUUUACUGUCUGUUUGUUACAAUAAUCUUUGUACAGCUUCCAUAACCUCUGUAUAGACCUAUACAUGACAGUGAUUUGUUCCCUACAGUUUUUGUUAACACUCACAUUAAGUGUUCUCUGAUGGCUCCACAGCCACUUUUUUUGUUGCCUUUGUUGUGUUUCUCUUUUCAUCGAUGGAUGGAUGUCUUACGGCAGUACGACCCUGCUAACGGACUGAUAUUUUGAACCUUACCACUACCAGUCAGCCAAAAGGGGGCUUCACUGUAUAAAAAGCUGUACUCCGAGCUGAAUCAGACCACAUUCUUCUUUGUGAGCUUUAAAAAAGAAAAACAAGAUUAUUAAGAUAAUAUUUAAGCAAAGUGGGUAAUGUUUUGAAUUUACACAGAGCUACUGUCAUUGUCUUAUUAGAACCAAUGAAUUCUGGAUAUUUGAGAUUGUUUGAUACAAUAAUUAAUUAUUUCAGUUGUUAUAUUCAAUGGCAAUAUACAGUCUAGUGGUUGUCUUUUAAUUUCUGACUAUUUCUUUAACUAUUCUUUGGAUAUAUUGGUUGAAUAAUUUAACUGCGAGCAAAUAAAACUUAUAUGAGUUGUUUUA